AUGGAUGAUAUUCUCACAAUGCAUCGUGCAAUUAAGCUAGGAUAUUUUCAUAUUAUUGCCUCUGAACCUAAUCCAUAUUUGUCAGACAGUGCUGGCUGUGGCUCUUCAAAUACAGGUUCUGGUAGAGAUCUCAACAAAACUACGAGCUGUUGUCGGUGCGGAAAAUGUAAUUGUAAGGUUGCUGCGACACGAUAUGCUGCUCAUUUAUCUAAUUGUAUGGGUUUAGGACGAAACAGUUCAAGACGUGCAAAUAAACGUAUAGCAGAACAACAACGUCUCGAAGAUGAUGACACAGAAACAGAAGAUAUUUUCUUGGAAUCAUCUGGAGACAUGAUUACACACAAAAGCUCCGUAGCUGCAUCCGAACAGUUCGAAUGUAAAUAUUCUAAUGGGACAAUCAAUCGUCACCAGUCACCUUUGAAAUUGACAAUUUCUUUGGUAUCAAGUAAUUCUGGAAAGUCAGACCACUCACUAAAGCAUCCAACUAAGCAAGUUGAGUCAGUAACCGGCGUUGAUGGACUUGGUUGUUCUGGUGAAAUAGGAUGUGUAUUACAAACUGUGACAGUCCUUUUAUGCUACAUUAGUAUCACAAUGGAAAAACCAUUUGGCGUCACGCAUGGUGAUCUUCAGGAUGCUAUACAAGAAUUUAUCACAGAUUUGAUUGACUCAUGUUUAAUGGAUGAUAUUCUCACAAUGCAUCGUGCAAUUAAGCUAGGAUAUUUUCAUAUUAUUGCCUCUGAACCUAAUCCAUAUUUGUCAGACAGUGCUGGCUGUGGCUCUUCAAAUACAGGUUCUGGUAGAGAUCUCAACAAAACUACGAGCUGUUGUCGGUGCGGAAAAUGUAAUUGUAAGGUUGCUGCGACACGAUAUGCUGCUCAUUUAUCUAAUUGUAUGGGUUUAGGACGAAACAGUUCAAGACGUGCAAAUAAACGUAUAGCAGAACAACAACGUCUCGAAGAUGAUGACACAGAAACAGAAGAUAUUUUCUUGGAAUCAUCUGGAGACAUGAUUACACACAAAAGCUCCGUAGCUGCAUCCGAACAGUUCGAAUGUAAAUAUUCUAAUGGGACAAUCAAUCGUCACCAGUCACCUUUGAAAUUGACAAUUUCUUUGGUAUCAAGUAAUUCUGGAAAGUCAGACCACUCACUAAAGCAUCCAACUAAGCAAGUUGAGUCAGUAACCGGCGUUGAUGGACUUGGUUGUUCUGGUGAAAGUAAUUCAGUAAAGCCAGUACAAAGCUGA